GAUGGGAAGACCACCAUGCUGUGACAAAAAUGGUGUGAAGAAGGGGCCUUGGACACCAGAAGAGGACAUCAUCUUGGUGUCCUACAUCCAAGAACAUGGCCCUGGGAAUUGGAGAGCUGUCCCUUCCAACACUGGCCUGAUGAGAUGCAGCAAAAGCUGCAGGCUUCGGUGGACGAACUACCUCAGGCCCGGGAUCAAGCGUGGCAACUUCACCGAUCAGGAGGAGAAGCUUAUCAUCCGCCUCCAGGCUCUUCUGGGCAACAGAUGGGCCGCCAUAGCUUCUUACCUCCCGGAAAGAACAGACAACGACAUCAAGAAUUACUGGAAUACGCACCUGAAGAAGAAGGUGAGGAAGCCGGAGACCGGCAGCGAUUGCCCCAAGAGCGGCGGGCAGUCGAGCCAUCGUACCGUCUGCAAAGGCCAGUGGGAGAGGUGUCUGCAGACCGACAUCAACAUGGCGAAGCGAGCUCUGCGCGAGGCCUCGUCCGUCAGCUGCAGCUUCGACAGUAAGCCUUCGACCUACGCAUCCAACACCGAGAACAUAUCCCGGCUUCUCCAAGGAUGGACGAAGGGUUCGCCGAAACCCAGCGUUGCUCCGGCGAGCUCGGGAUCGGGUGUGGCGGAGUCUGCGUCGAGUCAGGGGAGCGUGAGCACCUCCAACUGCAUCAUGUCGCCGGAGCCGCUCGAGUCGGUGUUCGGGUUCAACGACUCCGCGGCCGAGAGGUCGGAGGCCGGAGCACCCUUCUCGUUGCUGGAGUCAUGGCUGCUCGAUGAGCACGACGGACACUGGCAAGAGAGCUUUCUUGAUGUUGCGGUGCUCGAUACAUGUGAAUUGUUCUAAGAAGGAUUCUUCGAGCGGAUCCAUUCUUCUCAUGUUCUAAACGAAGUAGGCAAAGACGUGUAAAUCUACUUGUCUCUGAAGGAAGCAAAUGGUCUGUGAAAUCACAUAUAUAGUACGAUAACAAUCAAUUUAUCUCGGUGUUUCCGCUACAAAGUCAACCUCCAA